UUUUUCAAGAAGUCAAAGCCAAGUGUCACAAGUGACAAGUCGGUUUAUUUACGUGAAAGAUCUCGGGGGAAAGAUUUUUUGCCUGCACCUCGAACAAGAAGUUUUCUUAAACUAUCUUUCUUUAAAAACUUAUUUUAAAUCUUAGUAAGAUUCUUUGUUUCAUUAACAUGCAAUAUUUGUCAUAAUUAAGAAAAAUUAAAGCAAUCGUAUUUUGCUGAGCGAAGGUGUGAAUAAUUGAGAGAGAGAGAGGCUGUGACAAAGGAAAAUCAAUAAUUUUAUCAAAUAAAAUCAGUGAAUUAUUGUGAAGUAACUCAACGGCUGUUAAAUGUAUCAAAUAAGUCUAUGAUAGUUUGCAUAAAUUAUACCAAUUACUAUAUUUAAAAUCUGUGACGUAUUGCCUGAUUAAAGAUCCAGGCCUGUGAUUAUUGUUUUCUGUGCGGCAAUUCCUCCUUUACGUGGGUGUUAUUUUUUGCUCGGUGUCUCGCGUGUGUAAUGUUUUGACGCAAACAGCUCUGCUGCUGCAUUCAGUGGUUGUCGCAGACCGGCAGAAAAUUCUUGCCAUUUAACAUUCAUAGCACACGGCGGCUUAGUGUUUUUUUCUGCCGAAAUCUUUUCGAAAUAACACCCAACAUACAUACCAUUAAUCGAAGAGAGAGCGGCGACAAAAGAAUUGAAAAAUUAGUGUGCGAGUGUGUGGCGUGCGUGUAUCUGCCGGCUGUUUUAUUCACCCCUCUUUUUUGGCAUAAAUCCGGCUCCCUACCAUCCAUCAUCACGGAUUUCGAACAACGUUUGUAACAUUCAUCCCUUCAGCCGUUUAUUUUGGCACCAUCAUGACUUUGGUACAGCAGCUGAUGAAUUACAAAUACUUGGACAAAGAGCAUCUAAAUGGCUUCGAUAAUUAUAAGUAUAGUGCACGCGAUACCUCACCGCUGAGCGUUUAUGUUAUGCAUCCCUUUUGGAAUUGGAUUGUCAAGUUCUUUCCGCGAUGGCUAGCACCAAAUGUCAUGACUUUUCUGGGAUUCCUGUGUACAGCUUUAAAUUUCUGCCUGCUCUCCUACUAUGAUUGGAAUUUCUAUGCUAGUUCCGAUCUGGAGGGCUCUACACCCAUACCCUCUUGGGUGUGGCUGUGCACGGCCGUAAAUAUCUUUUUGGCCUAUACACUGGAUGGCAUUGAUGGCAAGCAGGCUAGACGCAUAGGCCUAUCGGGACCCUUGGGUGAACUCUUCGAUCAUGGAUUAGAUUCGUACACAGCUGUAUUGAUACCGACGUGUCUGUAUAGUAUAUUUGGUCGUUCGCCCAUCUAUUCAGUUGCUCCCAUACGUAUGUACUACGUAUGUUGGAUGGUGUUCUUUAAUUUCUAUGUUUCCCAUUGGGAAAAAUACAAUACGGGCGUUCUAUAUCUGCCCUGGGGCUACGAUCUCAGCAUGUGGGGCUCUACAGCUAUGUACCUGGUCACAUGGUGGUGCGGUUAUGAAUUCUGGAAAAAGGAACUGCCUUUUGGUAUACCACUGGGUAAUGCCAUGGAAUUUCUAUUGCAUUUUAGUGCCAUGGCCAAUACACCGAUGGUGGUGGUGAAUAUAUACAAUUCUUAUGUUCAGCGUACUGGCAAAAUGCGUACUUUAAAGGAAGCCAUUCGACCCGUAUGGCCCUUAUUGGCUUUCAUGGUGUUGUUAUUGGUGUGGCCUUUUAUCUCACCCAAUGACAUCAUGGAAAAGGACCCCCGAGUCUUGUUCAUGUUGAGUGGCACCAUAUUUUCCAAUAUCAGCUGCCGUCUGAUUGUUGCUCAAAUGUCUAAUACACGCUGUGAAAGUUUCCAUUGGAUGACACCGAUUUAUGUGCUCUUUAUAGCUUUGGGUUUAUGGAUACCCUUUCUUGAACGUUUCCUCUUGUAUGUCCUGUUUAUACUGACGACAUUAAGCCAUUGGCAUUAUGGUGCCUCAGUGGUCAAUCAGAUGUGCGAACAUUUCAACCGAAUUUGUUUCAGUGUUCAUAUGCGAAAGCCCAUGGUGGAUAAGGCCAAAAGCAAUGGUCAAAGCUCAACUGCCUCAAUGAUGGCUACAACAAAUAAUGUGACAACAGCAGCAUCUGCAAAUGCUGCUUCCUCAACAUCACCAUCAUUAUCAUCACAAAUAUCUUCCAGUUUACCAGCAUCCUCGGAAAAAUUAGAAUAAUACAUUUUUAAUGUUUAAGAUUAUUUAUUAAAAAAAAUUGUUUAUAAUUUUAUUUAAAAAAAUGUUAAUUUAUGAAAUUAAUUUUAAUUUAAUUUAGUUAUGUAAUUUAAACAAAACAAUUAAAAAUAAUUUUAAUUUUAAAAUGUCACAAAAGAGAACAAACCAGGAAAAGUAUACAAAAAUGAACCAAAGACAAGUCAAGAUAUUAUCAUCUUCAGUAGUUCAUUUGUUUUCAAUGAGGAGGCUAUAAUUAUAUGAAAAACAACAAAAAAAAACAAUACAAUUUACACUCUAAUAAUGAUAUUUAAUUGAGAUUAUAACAAUGCUGUAAUAGCUUUUUUUAGUGAUUUUGUUUUUGAAUAAUUUGUUUUUGUAUAUGUUUCGCAUAGUAUUAUAACAAAUUUUACCUCUUACGCGCUCUCUGCCUCAUACACAUAUAAAAUAAAAUAAAAAAUAUUUUAAAUAUAUGCUCUAGGUUAAUA